AUGAACACAACCUCAUCUUCAGCAACUACUCCAGCAAGGGACUUCUGCAGCUCGAAUCCUUGUGGAAGAAAUUUGGUUGAAUGUGUUGCUUUAUAUAGCACUUACACCUGCCUGUGCCCAUAUGGAUACUACUAUAGCGACAAGGAUUGUCACAGCGCGAAAAUAUUCCCAGGGGUCAUUACACUGAGUGAAUCUUACAGUAAUAGUGUUCAAACUGUAAAUUCUGUGGAGUACGAAGAGGUGUUCCAAAAUGUAACGAAGUUUUUUGACUAUGCCUUCCGCAGUUUCACAGACUACUAUAAACAGACUGUCAUCGUGGAAAUUCAACUUCAAAGUGAAAGCAGAGCUUCUCAUCCAAUAAGCAUAAUAGUGAUAAACCUGUUUACAAACGACUCACCUAUAAGCAAUGACACAGUUAUUUCUGCAAUAGAUAACGCAACAAAUGAAUCGACCUAUGUCUCUCAGUACGAAGCUACCACCUAUUGUGCUGUUUUUAAAUGUGAUGCUGAAACCACUGUAUGUGAAGAAGAUGUGUUUCCAAAAUGCAUAUGCAAAAGCAAUUACUCAAUGACAGAAUGGGAUGUUCAUUCUUGUUCAGAUUGCAAUAACUGUUCUGCAGAAGAAAACAAGUACUGUGCAAAAGAAAAUGGGAUUCCAACGUGCAAAUGCAAGCCUAACUUUGAACCGAAGAAUGGAGCAUGUGUAUCUUGUGCAGUGGGCUACUCUGGAGAGAACUGCACGAAUAAUAGUGAACUCAUCCUUAUAAUAGUGGGUACAGUGUUUGGAGCAAUUAUCCUGAGUUUAGUGAUAGCAGUCUCUGUUGUUUCAGUAAGAGCCAAACGCAGACAAGAUCCAGGGAAGAAGAGCCUGAUAAAGUCAGGAUAUUCCAACCCAAAUACCUCUGAUGAUACACAGCCCUCAAUGUUCCCCAGAGUUCAGACCACUUCUGGCCAUGUGAACCCAGGAUAUCAGCCUCACAACCCAUAUGAGAUGCAUCCUGCAAACAGAGGUCGUUUUCCAGAGAGGGAUUAUGACGAUUUGUACGCAACAUCACGGGAGCCUGAGGGCUUUAGGAUGCAGAGCACAUACUAA